ACGCAGCCACCUCCGCCGUGUACACUCGUCUAGCGGGCGUCUACCGCUGCGCUGCGCUGCUGUUGCCAGCCGACUACGAGAUUGGCCUGAUUCCUUAUUGAGUUCUCAAGUGGUAGAUUGGUUCGCUUCUGGUCAGUACGAGUCAAUUGGCAGCGGCUUCUCAAUUAAACUGACAUUCAACUGUUGUUUGUCGGUUGUAAAUUAAUUAGGGAACACCACUCAAGUGCGCCUUUGCCAGUCGAUUUUUGACCACAGUGAUAAAAGUUAGUAUAGGGGUUUCAACUGAAAUAUAAUUUAUUCAUUGGUUAAUAAGGGCACAUAAUUUUUUCUCUACCAGGAAAAACACUAGACUUAUUCUUACCAAUAAUUAUCGGGAGUUGAUGGUGAUUUGUCUAUCUCAAACUAAUAUCUCAAAAGUUUACCGAAAGUUUUAAAAUUUAAAUAUCCUGCGGACGUCUUCGGCGGAAACGUCUAUUUGGCGAAAUUGAAGAAAAUUGCGUCGAAAUUGUGCCACCCACUAACUUACUUGAAGUGACUGCAAGUGACAUGAGUGGAGUGACGAGUGACUACCCUGAACACCUCAACCCCUUCGACGAGAGCUACGACCCUGCGUGUGCCUCCCCCGUGGCACCCCCCAGGACCAGCGGCAGACACAAGUAUAACACAUGGAACGCCAGGGAACAGCAGGCGGUCAAGCCUAAAGCUACAUUCCUGGAGAAGCCGUGGUCAGCUCUGAACAUUUCACCUAAGGGGAAGCUUGUAAGGCGGCUGUCAGUUUUAAAAACGGCAGUGGAGAAAUUUGCCACCAAAAAGAAGAAAAGACUGGAACAUUCAUCAUCGUACAGAGAAGCAAGUCUACAACCGAGAAGCAACAGUCUUCAUGAGGACUUUAACUAUCGCAUCAUCUCACCAAAACUCAAGGAGAAGAUUAGACAACAAGUCUUCUCGAGGUCUAUCAGCACUCAAGAGCAAGAGACAAAAAGUGCAGACGAAGACAGUCAGUCUCCACAACUCAAUGGACGUCUAACUCUUCCGCUGAACUUGGACGUUGAGAACCAAACGAAAGCUGAUGAUCAUUCCCCGACAAGUCCGGAGUCAGAGACUGACGUGAGCGUGCUCGGAGCUCGACCUAAGGCUCGGAAAAAGAGACCUCCACCACCACCUCCGGUAGAAACCUCCAGGCCAGAUGCAACCAAUGGCCUGGAGAGAUCAGAUGACGGUCAUUCAGCCAAUAGCAGCAUUACUCACGACUUAGAAAAAGACGCCUUAACAGACGACGACAUCUCCUUUGUGGAACUGGACAAGCUUAAUAAGAGUGACAAACACUUCUAGAGCUGAAAGUAAUAAAAAGUAGUUGCCAGAAACUACCCUUACUUUGAGAGAAUAUGCUGUAUGCAGUCACAAAUGUAUUAAGAGUAAAAUGUUAUUUAAGUUAA